GUUUUGUUUAAGAUCGUGAACUCAUCAACUGAUGCUGGUAGUUCAUCUGUCAAAGCCACAUCAAGUUCAUCCACUUUCAACCAAKCCCAGUCAUCGACCAACCUCGACUAUAUGUAUCUUCAUAGACAGUAUGGAGAGAUACUUUAUGAUUCAGAUGAUUCAGUCCCAGAAGAAACUCAGGGUUUCAGUCAUGCAGAGACUGAAACAACAGCAACAGCAACCAGUACCACAUUAUCAGAGGACCUUGAAACAUUUUGUGAAACUAAAGCAAGAGAAUUGGAAGAAACAUCCUACAUAAGGUUUAAAGUGAGGAGAAACUCUCUGUGGCAAGAUGUAAAGUUCAAGUGUGACCGAAUAAAGAAGGACGAUAUUGAAGAAAACAGUUAUGUAAAAGUUCAGUUUGUAGGGGAGGCAGGGGUGGAUCAAGGGGGUCCAAAAAGAGAAUUUUUUUCUCUUAUCCAUAAGGAAGUAAGUUYUUCAUCAUUAUUUGUUGGAGAAGAAGGUAGUGGUAAAGUCUUUGCUCAUAAUUUAGUUGCACUUCAGCAAAAUGAGUACUAUAAAUAUGGUUUGUGUUGCGGUUUAGCAGUUCUUAAUGGUAGUAUGGGCCCUCAGUUUUUCUGUCCCCCAGUUGUUGACUACAUAUUACAUGGUGAUGUUAAGUAUGUCAAGUGUUCUAUUGAUAGUAUUCCCAAUCAGCCUGUUAAGGAAAAACUGAAAGAACUAGAUAGUUUAGAAGAACCACAGUUGUUUGAAGAGAAAGCAAUGUCCUAUUUCGGUGAAUCACUUCAAAAUAWGGGCUAUACAAAACCAGUAGUAUUUUCUGAUAAAAAUGAGUUCUUAAGAGCUACAAUAAUCCAUUAUACCAUUUCACACUGUCUUUGUGAAAUCAAUCAAUUUAUUGAUGGGAUGAAUGUGACUGGGGUGUUAACUGUCCUAAGGAAUCAUCCUUUUGAGGCCAGGGACAUAUUACAAUUUUCUGCUACUACUUUAACAGCUGAAUUACUAGAUGGCCUCUUUUCUGCACAUUUAUCUCCUGAAGGAAGCAACAAAAAUGCAAAAGAAAAGACCAUUCUUUUUUAUUGGAAYCAGUUCUUGGAGGAUAUAGAACAAGGUCUUGUCAAAAGUGAGGUUUAUGAUUGCAAUACUGAGUCGAAUGUUACAGUAAAUAUUUCGCUUGAGGCUGUUUUAGCAUUUAUAACUGGGGCCAGGAGUAUCCCACCACUAGGUUUACACCCCCGACCUUCUAUUGUUUUCAUACAUGAAGGAAAUAGAAAGAUGUAUGUUAGCACUUGUUCAAAUGUGUUGUACAUUCCAGUGAAAGACCAUUUCUUAAGUUUUGGUACAUUUAAAGAAGAAUUUUUAUUCUGUAUGCUGAAUUCCCCAGGGUUUGGGAAUGCCUAGACAAAUAUAUAAGUAUUAAAGUACAG